CUUUUUGGAUGAUUCAAUAUUGAUUGUAGACUCGAUACGCACAAUAUUGAUAGGUUUUUCUAAUAUUGGUCUUGUGGGUUCCUUAUUUUUUCCUCCAUCCCUUACACAAAUGUUCCCAUAUAUCUAGAUACUCAAAAUUUAUGAAUCACUGACACCACUCUUUGUUAAGAGUGUACAAAACCAUCAUGCAUUCACUCCACUGCAAUACACUUCACCGAACAUAUAAAUUAUACUUCUUCUAUUCUACUUAGUCGUUACACUUACACUUUCAUACAUACAUGUUUUAUUUGGUAUUUUAUUAUAACUUCAAACUUAUCAAAAUAAUAGAAAUAAUACCUAAAGAGUUUCAUUAACAUAAAUUUUGUGCUACUGAAAUGGGGAAGCCAGGGAGUACAUCCUGGUUUACGGCCGUCAAGAAGGUUUUCAGAUCGCCUUCGAAAUCGUCUCCGAAAAAAGAAUGCGAGACAAGAGAAGUAUGUGAACCGGGAGAUGAAGAAGAAGAAAAGAAAACAGAGAAAAGGAGCUGGAUUUUCAGGAAAGUGUCAAGCCAUAAUCAACAAUAUGAGGCCAACAUAAUGACUAGCAAUGAAAAGAAUAAGAACUGUUAUGCUGUAGAUGAGCACAGAUACGCUCCAGCCGCAGUAGAAGCUAGUACAGUAGCAGAGAAAGCAGUCAUAGCAGGUGUUGAAGUAGGUUUUAGAGUUGAGGAAAGAAUACCUGCAUACUUAGCUAGAGAAUACUAUGCUGCUUUGAUUAUUCAGACUGCUUUCCGAGCCUAUCUUGCAAGAAGAGCUUUGAGCGCACUAAAAGGGAUAGUGAAACUACAGGCAAUAGUGAGAGGCCAUAACAUAAGAAAGCAGGCAAAGACAACACUUAAAUGCAUGCAAACUCUUAUCCGUGUUCAAGCUAAGCUACGUGAUCAUUCUUUUUCAAGUCAAAAUCGAAAGUCAAUGUAUGCUGAAAGCAACAACUUAUGGGAUAAAUACAAACAAAUACGUCAGAGGAAGCAAAUGUUUGUGGAAGAGAGUGAGGUUGAAGAUCGAUGCAAGAACUAUAAAUACACAAUAGAUGAUAUAGAUGCAAUAUUGCAAAGCAAUAAGGAAGCAUCUUUAUAUCGUGAACAUGCCCUGGCUUAUGCAUUAACUCAACAGAUACGGCGAUUUGAUCGGAAAACAAGUUCUGAAGACGAAAACAAAGACGCGGAAUGGCUUAGUCAGUGGUUAGAGGCUAAGGAGUACAGUGAGCUUAACAACAGCAACAGGCUAACUAACAGAACAGAGCCUAUAAAAGAUGUUGAUAUGGAGUCAUUACAGUCUAAUUUCAGAACACCAACCAAAUUUCAUGCACCAAAUAGAAGACAUAGCCUGUAUGAAUCCUCACCCGGAUUCAACAAACUGCACUCUAUGACUCCAAUGUUACAAGACACAAGGUCACACCUUCAGGCCCAGUCUGCAAGCCCGCGCACAAAAGGGUAUAGAAGUCACUCUGCAGCAAACACUCCUAACUUGCGAAUGAGCUGUCCGUCUAGUGUCAGCAGCUACCGGUACAGCAGAACUAGUUCAACUACUACGACGCCUAACUACAUGGCUGCAACCGAGUCAGCUAAGGCUAAAGCUCGAACACAAAGUACACCUAGGCAGAGGCAUUCUACAUCGUCUGAUAGAUCAGAUCGAGUAGGAUCAGUGAAGAAGCGACUAUCAUUCCCUAUUCGUGAACCACAGCUAUAUUCGGGCAAUGUUGUGUACAAUGACUAUAGUUGUUUCAGUCAGAACUUAAGAAGUCCGAGUUUUAGGAGUGUUCAGGAAGGUUUGUACUGCCUUGAAAGAGGGACUACCUGUUCUUCUACUUACACCGAAAUCACAGGUGGAGAAGUUUCCCCUGCUUCUACUAGUCAUCUUAGAAGGUGGUUGAGUUGAGGGUUAAUGUUGUUUAGGGUUAUAGUCUUGUGUUGUAUUUGGUUUUUGAUAUGUAGUAGUUGAGUAUGGUCAAAUGGUUAUUGUGUUGCUAUAGUGAUUAAGUAUUUUCAACCCUUAUUGAGCCUUUUUAUAGCCCACUUCUUUUUAAUUAUAGUAGAACUUGUUAAGCCCUUUAAAGCCCUUCUAGAAACGGACAGAAUAAGUGCUCAAUAUGGAGGCUCGGCCCAUUGAACACCCCUACUCACAAUCAUAACUUACAAACUUGUAUGUUGGCGAGGAUGAGCUUCCAUGAAAGCAAUCAAACAAUUUCUUAAAGCACUUCAGUCUUAAUAUAUGUGUUCAUGUUCGAUGGAGCCAAAGAUAUAUAAUCCUUUGGAAAUAAAUUAUAUUGAAAUGAAGCGUUAACUCUUUUGCACUUGUUUCUCAUGUAUCCAUGCUAAUGAUACCUAAAUCAAUCGAGUGCUAUAGAAAGUGUUC